AUGUCCAAGCGUAAAGCGAGCUCCCAGUACGUUGUGGAGGAAGAUAAUUAUCUGGACGAUUUGGUGCGCGAUAAACAGAACAAUCAACCCUCCACGAGCAAGCAUACGCUCGAUUCCGACGAGGAAGACGACAGCGGUGACGAUGCUCCAUACAACGUGCUGGAUGACAAUGAGAUCAUGGGCGAGGAAGAUGGGACCGCACGAACGGAUGGAGAGACGAAGUUUACCCCGUUCAACAUGAAGGAAGAGAUGGAAGAAGGUCAUUUCGAUGCGGAUGGACACUAUCUGUGGAAGAAAACCGUCGAGGUAAAGGACCAUUGGUUGGACAACAUCGAUUGGGUGAAGGUGAAGAACGAUCCCAACUACAAGGAACGACCGGAGAAGGGAGAAGAGCGAGGGCUGGCAGAUUCUGAUUCAGACGACGACGGCGACGAAGACAAGGCAGGUGGCAGUGCAAAGUUUGAUGAUAUUGGCACUUAUAAGCAGAUGCUCGAGUUAAUGGAACCAAAGGAAUCGGUGAAGCGAGCCCUACAACGAUUGGGCAAAGGAACGGCCAAACUGACGACCGCUCAACGCUGGAAGCUGAAAAAAGAAGGAAAGUCACCUGAUGAGCAGAGUGCAAAGAUCACUAAGCUUACACAGCUGUCGAACGAUAUACUUACGAACAAUGGUAAUAUGGAUGUGUACGAGGAAACGUUUGAAAUGAUACAGAAGAAGGUGUCCGACGCGGAGAAGAAGAAAGCAGCCACAGCAGAUCCCGGAGACGAGCUAGACAUGUAUGCGGAUGAUUUCGGCAGUCGGGAACAGAGUAAACUAGUUGCAGAUACCGGUAAAGAUACAGACAAGGUCAGAGAUUCCAUCUCGCAGCAGGAGAAUGACACAACGGAGAACAGUACCGAGCAGGAAAGCGAAAAGAAAAAGAUACUUAUGUGGGAGUAUAAAGAGCAGCAGGAAAACGAUACGGUUCUGGGUCCCUACACAACGGAGCAAAUGCAAAAGUUUGCAGAUGAAGGACGCUUCACUAGCGGAGCAUUCGUACGGAAGGUCGAUAGUGAUGACGCCCGGUUCUACUCUGCAGCAAGGAUUGAUUUCGACCUGUACCUGUAA